AUGUGGCUUAUACUGGCACUGGAAAAUGUUAAACAUUCGUGAAAUUUUUUGAACCUCGAUAAACCUGAAUCUAAAGGGUGAAUAAUUCUACAAUCGUGUGAGUCUGUUAUCGAAGAUAAUGAAGAGCUUCUCAGAAACGGCAAAUUUCAAAGAUCUUCAAACCAGAAAAGAACUUCUGAUCAUGGAAAGAGAAAGAAAUCUCACAUUCAUCACCAAAAUGAGAGCUUAAGCUCUUCAGAAGAGGAAAAUCCUGGCAUCGGAAACGAUAACAGUAGCUUUGUAGAUGAAACAUUAUCGGACUCGAAUGGGGUGUCUCAUCAUGAAGAUGAAGACAACCAGUACCGGCUGAAUGUGAUAUCUACAGAAGAUCCAUUCUCUCAGAAGAGGCAUAGCUUCUCCAAGAGUAAUACUUACUUAGAAGAUCGGAACCAGAAGCUGCUUUUAAGGCAUCCAAGCACCUUCCAAGAUGUAAAGAGAGGAGGUAAAGAGGGAAGCUCUAUAUCUAGUAAAGAGAUGGCUUUGAACUUUUUAAAUCGCAACCAAGACUCGGAUGUCUCUUUCAUUAGAAAUAAUAGUAUGUUAACUAAUCAGACGAGCUAUGAAAGCUUUACAAGAGAUCUUAUUGGCUCUAUAAAUGUUCCAGAGCAUAUCAGGCUCAGGAGACUACAGAGAUGACGUUACAAGAAAUCUGAGAGUAUGCCGAAGAAAUCUGCUAAAGGCUUCAAUAGCGAAGCCUCUUUAAAGGGUAAAAAGCAAGUAAGAUUUGCUGAUACAGCAGGGGAAGGUCCCCUAGCUUCUGUGUGAAAGUCUGGCAAGAGGAGUAAAGCCCCAGAGAAGAAAUCUGUGGAAAAAACUUCCAAGACUUCAUGCUCCUGAACUAUCUUUUAACUCAAUCCAACUUCAAACAUAGGCUGGCAUUUAUAGAGGUGAUA